AUGGCUACUACAUCUGUCUUGAUGCUCUCCGGCGUCCGUAAGAAGAGGGACCCUUACACGCCGGUUGCGUGCUCCACCUGCAAACGCCGAAAAAUUAAAUGCACUGGCAAGAGGCCAUGCGCGGCCUGCGUCGCCAGCGAGUCCGAAUGUACCUAUGAACGCUACUCGCGGUUCCGUCCAAGGCUACAAUCGCAGGUCACCGACUCCCAAGGCAGUCCCAUCCCCGCCAUCGAAGCUCCGACCUCCACCAGCGCCGCCAGCACCACCACCGACGCCGCGGAGGUCGGCGCUGCGAAAGAAACCAAUACGUCACCCUCCGCCAGCCGCGGCUCGGGCUACACACCACCCGGAAGCUCCGACUUCUUUCUCAAUCUCGCCGAAGAGCUGCACGUUGGAUCAGAGCCCCUCCAUAUCCAGGGACGGCCGCAGUCGCGGCAGAAUUCGAUCAGCUUCACGCAGCUGGUACGGCAAGCCCAUGAGUGGCGACUUAAUAAUAGUAGUGGCAGUCUCGUUCGCUUCGUGGGGCUACAGUCGUGGCUCCAUGUGCUUCACGUGUAUGAGGAGGAGAUUGGCCUACAGAACCCCUUUAUAGACCUGGGUAGUCUUAGAGAAGACGUAAAAGCGACUUGCCAAGAACUAGCACCAGAGCCUGGUCCUUUAGAAGGUGGCGGGGAACACGUCUUGAUACUUAUCCUUGCUCUAGUGGCUGUUCUCGAAAGCCUAGACGUUAGCCAGCUCACGGAUUCCUUUACGCAAAAGUCGAGACAAUACGCCGCUUCUAAGUCACAUGGGGAGGUUGUUAAGGAGAACACAAUUCAGUUACUCGUGCUGAUAAGUAUCUACAACUUCCUAACCGAUAGAGAGAAUUUAGCUUGGCGGUGUAUUGGUAGCGCCCUCCGGGUACUCCAAGAACUUGGUUACCACAGCUCGAAAUCUUUUCACCGAUUCAAUUCCCUGAAGGAACGAAAUCAGGCAGAAAAUUUGUUCUGGGUCGUCUAUAUACUAGACCGCCGAUGGAGUUUCGGUACUGGCCUGCCCUUCGCCAUAUCCGAGUCUGACAUCGACCACGAUAUCGAGACAGGUGACGAGUCCCUCUCCUCCGCAUAUGUCCGGUCCAUGGUGGCGUACUGCCGUAUAGCGACCGAAUGCCGAUCCUCCAUCCUUGGCCAAGGCUCGUCGCGGACGGCACGCGAUUUCUCCGACUUUCGAGUCGUCGAAUGGCGCCUUAAGGAAUCUCGCAGCCGCUACCGCCUGCGACUCCUGUUAUACCUGCGUGCUAACCAAAUGCGCACUGUGAUUCGCCGACACUCGGCGUUCCGGUCCGGUCAGGCGGAGCUUGAUCCUUCCAGCCUGCAGACGGCUCUUGAUGUUGCUUGCGAUACUAUUCGCGUCCUCGUGACCGUUGUGCGCACCUCGGACGUAUACCAAGCGCAGCAAAAGACUUUUAACCACUUUCUUGAGUCUGCACUCUCCUCCUUGCUGCUUUUUGCCGGCCGGCAUCGGGGUACGGUCGGGGCACCUUACCGCCACGUUGAGGAGCUACACAUGGCUAUGGCACUCGUGCGGGGUUUAUCCGAUAAGUCCUGGAUGAUGCGCAAACUCUGUGAUAAGCUCGAGCGCUUAAAAGUUGUCCAAGCUGCCCUCAAGUCCCGUGAGGGAGCACUUAGCGGCUCACUGAAAGUAAAUGCUGAUAAUUAUCUUGGUGGUGAACAGAGAUAUAGGCGCCGCGACGCCCUCAUCCACGGCGAUCGCCAUACCACCCCCACGUCCAAGAGGCCUGUUUUCCACACGCGAUGGUGGGAUGAACCUUGA